AUGAGUCGCCAGUUCUCGUCUAGAUCUCGUGGAGGAGGUGGAGGAGGAGGAGGAGGAGGAGGAAGCCGGGGUUUCGGUGGGUCCUGCUCAAGAGGAGGAAGCCGAGGCUUCAGUGCAGGCUCUGCAGUGGUCACCAGUGGGAGCCGAAGAUCUGCCAGCAGUUCCUCCUGCCUGCUGCGCCAUGGAGGAGGUGCUAGCAGCCAGAGUCUUACCGGCCUCGGAGGGAGCAGAAGCAUCUCCACGAGCGUGGCCGGAGGGGGCAGUGGUUUUUAUGGUAGAGGCGGAGGCUUCAGCGGAGGCAGCAGCUUUGGCGGAGGAGGCUUCGGCAGAGGCGGCUUUGGCGGAGGCGGCUUUGGCGGAGGAGGCUUCGGCGGAGGUGGCUUCGGCGGAGGCAGCGGUUUUGGAACCGGAGGUUUUGGAGGAGGCCGCUUUGGGCCAGGUGGUGGUUUUGGUGGCCCCGGUGGCUUUGGUCCUGGAGGAUAUCCUGGGGGUGGCAUCCAUGAAGUUACUGUCAACCCCAAUCUCCUGGAGCCUCUUAAUGUGAAAAUUGACCCAGAGUUCCAGAAUGUCAAAUCAGAGGAACGGGAUCAGAUCAAGAAACUCAAUAACAAAUUUGCUACCUUCAUCGACAAGGUACGUUUCCUGGAGCAGCAGAACCAGGUGUUGACAACCAAAUGGGAGAUGCUCCAACAAAUCGAUGUCAGUACCCGCUCACCCAACCUAGAACCCUUAUUUGAGAGGUACAUCAGCAACUUGAAGCAUAAGGUAGACUCUCUCACAGGCGAGAAAGCAAAGCAAGAUUCAGAACUGAACAACAUGCAGGAUCUUGUUGAGGAUUUUAGGAAGAGGUAUGAGGACGAGAUCAACAAACGCACUUCCAGUGAGAACGACUUUGUGACAAUUAAGAAGGAUGUGGACAAUGCCUACAUGAAAAAGGUGGACCUGGAUAGCCAGGUGAAUGGGUUGAGAGAGUAUAUUGAGUUCCUGCGGAUCUUAUAUGAAACGGAGCUUUCCCAGAUGCAACAAUGUGUCACCGAUACCAACGUGAUCCUUUCCAUGGACAACAACCGCAGCCUGGACCUGGAAAGCAUCAUCAAGGACGUCCAAUCCCAGUAUGAAGAGAUUGCACUGAGGAGUAAGACAGAGGCUGAGGCCCUAUAUCACAGCAAAUACGAGGAGCUCCAGAUCACUGCAGGGAAACAUGGAGAGAGCCUGAAGGAAAUCAAGAUGGAGAUCAGUGAGUUGAACCGUAUGAUCCAGAGGAUUCAGGGAGAAAUUGCCCACGUGAAAAAGCAGUGCCAUGCUGUGCAAGACUCCAUCGCUGAUGCAGAGCAACGUGGGGAGCACGCUCUCAAAGAUGCCAGGCACAAGAUGGAAGAGCUGGAGGAAGCUCUGCAGCAUACUAAAGAGGAACUGGUCCGUCUGCUGCGAGACUACCAGGAGCUAAUGAAUGUCAAACUGGCUCUGGACAUGGAGAUCGCCACGUACAGGAAGCUACUGGAGGGAGAAGAGGAUCGAAUCUCUGGAGAGAAUCCCAGUAGCGUGUCCAUAUCGAUAAGCAGCAGCACUGUCUCAUCCAGUGUGGCAUCCAAGGCUGGCUUCAGAGGUUCCGGAGGAGGAGGAGGACAUGGUUCUGGUGGAGGAUAUGGCUCUGGAGGAGGAGGAGGAGGAGGAGGAUAUGGCUCUGGAGGCAGAGGCUCUAGCUCUGGAGGAGGAGGAGGAGGAGGAGGAUAUGGCUCUGGGAGCAGGGGAUCUGGUUCUGGAGGAGGAUAUGGCUCUGGAGGCAGGGGAUCUGGUUCUGGAGGAGGAUAUGGCUCUGGAGGCAGGGGAUCUGGUUCUGGAGGAGGAUAUGGCUCUGGAGGCAGGGGAUCUGGUUCUGGAGGAGGAUAUGGCUCUGGAGGUAGCAGUUCUGGAGGCAGGGGGUCUAGCUCAGGAGGUGGCGGUGGAAGUGGAGGGGGCAGCUAUGGCUCUGGAGGUCGAGGUUCCAGUUCUGGGGGUCGAGGCUCAGGCUCAGGAGGUGGAGGCAGUGGCCAGGGAGAAGAGAGCUGUGAAUCCGGUGCAUCAGUCACAUUCAGAUAAAGCUCCCUACCCAGAAUGUAAAAACAAGCCUUUCUCUGCUCCAUUUGUUGACAGUGGUUUCCAAGCAUACCACCCAGUCCCAUUUCAGGGGGAAAAGAGAUGCUCCAACAUAUUUUCAGAAAGCUCUUGCCCCCACCAUCCCUCCAAAAAGGACUCUUCUCCUUUAGGGGGAACUCUCCUAAGGCUUAGGGGGCUGUAGCCUCCUUUGUACUCCCGCCUUGACUCUUUUUCAGUGCCCCCUUCUGAUCGAUGCUUUAGAAUUCCCAUUUCCCUGCAUGCAGCUAAAAGGAAAGAAAAAAGGCAUAUUCUUUGUGUAUAUAAUUCCUCCUUCUGAAUCUGCUGUCUGAAAUAUUACUCUGCCCCU